AUGUCGCACUCUAAGAUGCCAAAUGCAGACAGCUUCGAGCUUCCGGACACCUUCACUCAUAAUGGCUGGUCAAUCAGAUACCUAGCUCGUCAGAGCAACGAUCACAGUCGGUCUGCCUCAGCAAAUCCCUGGGUCGUCUUUGUGCACGGUACUCCGUGGUCCUCAGACGUCUUCCGGCCCCUCGCAAAUGCCUUGCUGGCGAGUGGCAGCUUCAACGUCGUCCUCUAUGACCUCCCCGGGUAUGGGCAGUCACAGACACUCAGCAAUUUCCAGCACGAGUCUGAGCCAGAUACAUCUGUGAAGGCACAGGCCGAGUCACUUGCAGCCUUGCUCCACCAUCUCGACCUUGACGGUAAAGAAGAGAAGACAAGGCCCCAUAUUGUUGCGCAUGAUAUCGCUGGGCUUCCGGCCGGUGUGUUCGAGGGAGCCCUGAGGGCAAUCAUCCAGAGCGCCCGAGCCAACAGCCAUGGGCUCGACCGGCAAUGGGAGGAUGUGCUUGCGCGGCCGUGGCUAGCUGCAGGUCUUGCAGCCGAUUCCAGCCGGGGGUAUGAUCCGCAAAAGAACUUUGUUCGGCAGAUCAAGCAGUCCAGCGAUAGUCAUACUGCCGAGCUCCUUGACAAUGGAUUGUACUCCAAGGUCCGCUGCGACGUCAAAAUUCUUUGGGGAGAGAAGGACGCAUGGAUCCCUUAUGAAAAGAUGCAGAGCCUUGAACAGCUGUUGGGAAAUAGAUUGAAGGGACUGGUGACGAUUCCGGAGGCUGGUCAUCUGAUCAUGCUUGACCAACCCGAAAGGGUAACCUUGGAGAUCGUUCGGUGGCUAGGAAUACAAGCUUGA